AGCUCUGGGAGCCGCACCAGGAGCUUUCACCCACCACCUGUAUUCAGCUCAGGGAAUUUCCCCUGGAGUGUAUCCUGCAGUUCCUUUCUUUCCUGAUGGACAUGACAAACACCUGCAGAGCUCUGCCGGGACCCGCAGGCACCGGGGAGGGGAAGGCACAGGGCUCCCCUGCAUUCCUGGCUGAAUCCCGGGGAGAUGGAGCCUGUGCAGCUCCAGCUGUACCACUCGUGACAACCACCUGCCACCAGCUCUCCGGUGGGAAGUGUCUCGGGAUGAAAAGAAACAGCAAUAUCUGUACAGUCUGAGCUGCAAAAGGGAAAGCAGGCGGUGGUAGAGCAGGGUUUGCAACUUCCACAGGCUGCCACACCAAAGCUCACGUUUCUUUUCCUGGAGGUUAAGCACGCCAGUAAAAACUCAGCAAGAACCAAGACAUGUUGCCUCUUAAAGAGGGAAGAUAGCACUGACCUGAUGGCCAGUGCCCUGCAUCUUGCCAGGCAGAAGCUCUCAAGGAAUUCAGUGGGAUCUGGGGCUUUAUAAGGCACAGAAAAGGCUUUGUGAGGUGCUGCAAGUCCCUGGUCCCAGCCUUGUGCUGCCACUCAACCAGAACACGGCUCUGUACCACCUUUGGCUCCUGUGCUGGAGGCUUCUGAUGUCUUGAGAUACAAACCUCAGCUGUGGAAAGCAGGUGAUGGGAUGGUACCUGCCACUGGGAAACUUCUUCAUUGCCCAACUUUUUUCAUAACUGCAUGAGAGCCUGUGCUGCAGGACUAGGUGUAUGGGAACACAGGGCAGGGCUUGUCCCUCCUGAAUGCUGCUCAGCAGGAGAAGUUGCUGCAUCUCCAUCACCGUCACUCCACCCCUGCUCUGCCCUGCACACACCCGGGCAGCCGGUGCCGCAGAGCAGCUGGCUGCUCUUCAGGCCCAGAUAUAUGCAUCAAGAUAAAGAAACCCUUGGCCUGCAUACGAAGCCAUGGAGCCCACCAGCAGCACCCCCUCCUCUGUCACCCCAUUGUGGGAUGUGUUUCCCCAGAAGAUGCUGGACACCAUAGACAUUGUUGUUCUUGUGCUGUACUUUGUAUUUGUCCUCGCAGUUGGGCUGUGGUCCAUGUGGAAGACGCAGCGCAGCACUGUAAAAGGCUACUUCCUGGCUGGGGGACAGAUGGUUUGGUGGCCUGUGGGUGCAUCCCUGUUUGCCAGCAACGUUGGAAGUGGCCACUUCAUUGGCCUGGCUGGGUCAGGAGCUGCCUCUGGAAUUGCCGCAACAGCCUACGAGUGGAACGGGAUGUUCUGUGUUUUGGUGCUGGCCUGGCUGUUCCUGCCCAUCUACAUAGCAGCAGGGGUCACCACCAUGCCUGAGUACCUGCAGAGACGUUUUGGAGGCAAAAGAAUUCAGAUGUUCCUGGCGAUUCUCUACUUGUUCAUCUAUAUCUUCACCAAAAUAUCUGUGGACAUGUACGCUGGGGCCCUCUUCAUCCAGCAGGCCCUGCACUGGGACCUGUACAUCGCCGUGGCGGGGCUGCUGGCCAUCACUGCUGUCUACACGGUUGCGGGUGGCCUGGCAGCUGUGAUCUACACGGACGCGCUGCAAACCCUCAUCAUGCUGAUUGGGGCCGUGACUCUCAUGGUCUUCAGCUUCAUUGAAGUUGGCGGCCUUGAAGGUUUGCAGACAAAAUACUUUGAUGCCAUUCCCAGCACCCGCAAGGAGAACAGCAGCUGUGGCUUGCCAAGGGAAGAUGCUUUUCACAUUUUCCGAGACCCUGUUAACUCUGACCUUCCCUGGCCAGGAGUUCUGGUGGGAAUGACCAUUCCAUCCCUGUGGUACUGGUGUACAGAUCAGGUCAUCGUUCAGAGGUCCCUUGCUGCUAAAAACCUCUCUCAUGCCAAAGGAGGCUCCUUGAUGACCUCCUACUUGAAAAUUUUGCCCCUCUUUAUGAUGGUCAUGCCAGGCAUGAUCAGCCGGAUUCUCUUUCCAGAUCUGGUGGCUUGUGCGGACGCGGAAAUUUGCCGGAAAAUCUGUGGCAACCCCUCUGGCUGCUCUGACAUUGCUUAUCCUAAGCUGGUCAUAGAGCUUCUGCCUAUAGGACUCAGGGGCCUGAUGAUGGCAGUGAUGAUAGCAGCUCUCAUGUCCUCCCUGACUUCCAUCUUUAAUAGUGCCAGCACCAUUUUCACCAUGGACCUCUGGAAACACUUCCGUCCCCGUUGCUCUGAGUGGGAACUGAUGAUUGUUGGCAGGGUCUUUGUGCUGCUGCUCACUGUGAUCUCCAUCCUGUGGAUCCCUCUGGUACAGGCUGGCCAGGGAGGGCAGCUCUUUAUUUACAUCCAGUCCAUCAGCUCUUACCUGCAGCCCCCCGUGGCAAUGGUGUUUAUACUGGGCUGCUUCUGGAAAAGAACUAAUGAAAAGGGCGCGUUCUGGGGCCUGGUGGUGGGGCUGCUGCUGGGCCUCGUCCGGCUGGUGCUGGACUUCAUCUACCCAGAGCCCCAGUGCGGCGAGACCGACCUCCGCCCAGGCGUGGUGAAGUACAUGCACUACCUCUACUUCUCCAUGGUCCUGGCUGCCAUCUCCACGCUGACCACGCUGGCCGUCAGCAUGCUGACAGAGCCCCCCACGGAAGACAUGAUAAGUCGGCUUACCUGGUUCACACGUGGGGAUCUACCAGUCAAGAAAGACCUAGCAGUCAGCCCUUGCCCUGAUGCUGCAAAAGGAGUGUGUGAAGCUGAGCGUCCAGCUCUCCAGAUUGAUAUAAGCAUUGCUUCUGAAAAUAGUUCAAAUGAUAAUAAAUGUCCGACUCAGGCCGACAGGACCUCGAAGGUGCUGACCACCUUUCUGUGGCUGUGCGGGAUGGAGCGCAAACAGGAGAACGCCGAGAGCGCGGCGCCCGCCAAACCUGAGCCCCUUCCUCUGGCUUCCCUGGAGGAGAAACCACUGGUGAAACACGUCCUGAACAUCAACCUGCUGUUGUGUGUAUGUGCUGGGAUCUUCCUCUGGGCCUACUUUGCAUAGCAGCUGGCUGGUCGGUUCCAGAUGAUGACAACUAAUUUGAAUUGGUGUACAUAAUAAUAACUAGCAGAGGGUUAAUGUAAU